AUGUUAUACGGCCAAAAUCUGCCAUGGCGGGUUGCGCUCCGGAGCUCGACGAGGGCUUCUGCACAUGGGACGAGUAGAUUUACAAGGCCGAGAGCGGGGAUACGGCCUUCUUUUGUCCCAAGACAGCUGUCGUUGACGGGGACAUCGAAUUUCUCGACUUCGCCUGCGAGGCGGAAAGAUGGGUCUGGGGCGAAGGGGACGAAGGAUCCGGUAGAAGAGGUGCUGGAGGAGGAUAAGGAGAAGAAUGAGGGGAAAGAAGAGAGUGUGGCAGAGGUUAAGAGCAAGAAUCCGGAAUCGGCGUCCCAGGGUGGCAAUGCUGCUGCUGCUUCUCCUCCUGCAGAUGGGAAAGGAAACAGUGCGUCUGGAGAGUCAGGGGAUGGAGCGAAGAAGGGACGAAAGACGUCGAAUGAGAAAGCGUUGUCGAAACCUUCGGUGCCGGAUGUAUAUCCUCAAGUCAUGGCGAUACCGAUUACGAAGCGACCGCUGUUCCCUGGGUUCUAUAAAGCGGUUACGGUGCGGAACCCGCAGGUCGUGGCGGCGAUUCAGGAUAUGAUGAAGAGGGGGCAGCCGUAUAUUGGGGCGUUCUUGUUUAAGGAUGAGAAUGCAGAUGGGGAUAUUAUUGAUAGUGUUGAUGAUGUUCAUGAUGUGGGUACGUUUGCACAGAUUACGAGCGCUUUUCCGGUUGGAGGGGAUGAUGGGGCGUUGACAGCGGUCUUGUAUCCUCAUCGACGGAUCAAGAUGUCUUCAAUGGUUACUCGGGAUAAAGUUGGGAGUGAGGCGAAGAAAGUAGACUCUCCGUCUGCAGAGUCUCCCGUGCCCGAGGUCAUUCCGACGAAGCCAAAAGAAGAGGGGACACAGGAUAAGAAGGGGGAUGUUGUGGCAAGUUUCGAGGAGGGCGUGGUUCAACAAAAAACCGCUGCUUCACCAGCGCCAUACGACCCGACUUCUUUCCUGCACAAGUACGCAGUCAGUCUUGUCAAAGUUGAAAACUUGACCGAGGAGCCACAUGAUCCCAAGAGUCCUGUUAUUCGAGCCGUCACCAACGAGAUCGUCAAUGUCUUCAAGGAAGUUGCUGGUUUAAAUCAGUUAUUCCGAGACCAAAUCUCUACGUUUUCCAUGAGCCAGUCAGCUGGGAAUGUCAUGCAAGAGCCGGCAAAGCUCGCUGAUUUCGCAGCUGCCGUCUCUGCUGGCGAGGUUGAUGAGCUUCAAGAUGUUCUUGAAACGCUGAAUGUGGAAGAAAGGCUACAGAAAGCUCUUGUCGUCUUGAAGAAGGAGCUCAUGAAUGCGCAAUUACAAGCAAAGAUCUCGAAGGAUGUUGAGAAAUCGAUACAAAAGAGACAACGAGAAUACUGGCUAUUGGAACAGAUGAAAGGUAUCCGGAAGGAACUUGGUAUCGAAUCAGAUGGAAAAGACAAGUUGGUUGAGAAAUUCAGAGAAAAGGGCUUGAAGCUUGCGAUGCCGGAAGCUGUCAAGAAGGUUUUCGAUGAAGAGUUAAACAAACUGGCCCAUCUUGAGCCAGCAGCAUCCGAAUUCAACGUCACAAGGAAUUACUUGGACUGGCUUACUCAAAUUCCGUGGGGUCAGAGAAGUGCAGAGAACUUUGGAAUCAAGAAUGCGAUGACGGUUCUCGAUGAAGAUCAUCACGGAUUGAAAGACGUGAAAGAUCGUAUCCUGGAGUUUAUUGCUGUUGGCAAGCUACGAGGGACUGUUGAAGGCAAGAUUUUAUGCUUUGUCGGCCCUCCAGGUGUUGGAAAGACUAGUAUUGGAAAGAGUAUCGCUCGAGCUCUCAACAGACAGUACUACCGAUUCAGUGUGGGAGGUCUCGCAGAUGUUGCUGAAAUCAAGGGUCAUCGAAGGACCUACGUUGGCGCUCUACCUGGACGAAUCAUUCAAGCGUUGAAGAAAUGCCAGACUGAAAAUCCACUGAUCUUGAUUGAUGAGAUUGAUAAACUUGGUAGAGGCCAUCAAGGAGACCCCGCUUCGGCGCUUCUGGAGUUGCUGGACCCCGAGCAGAACAACUCGUUCUUGGAUCACUACCUGGAUGUCCCAGUCGACCUUUCCAAGGUCCUCUUUGUUUGCACAGCAAAUAUGACUGAUACUAUUCCACGACCUCUGCUCGACCGUAUGGAAAUGAUCGAGCUCUCGGGCUACGUGGCCGACGAGAAGAUGGCGAUCGCCGAGCGAUACCUUGGACCCGCAGCGAAAGAGCUGGCUGGUCUCAAAGAUGUUGAUGUCAACCUCAGCAAGGAAGCCAUCGAAGAGCUCAUCAAGUCAUACUGCCGAGAAUCUGGUGUACGAAACCUCAAGAAGCAAAUCGAGAAGGUUUAUCGCAAGUCUGCAUUGAAAAUUGUGCAGGAUCUUGGUGAGAGUGUCCUCCCAGAAGCCGACGCUUUGACGGCCGAGGGCAAAGCUGCCAUGGAAGAGUCGAAGAAGGACGAAACGGAUGUCAAGGAGACAUCAGAAAAUAUCGAGAAGGAGACUACAGAAAUACCACGAGUCAGUCUGAAUGUCCCAGAUACUGUACAUGUGACUAUCGACAGAGAGAAUCUGAAGGAUUAUGUCGGUCCACCCGUCUUUACCUCAGAUCGCUUGUACGACAUCCCUCCACCAGGUGUCGCCAUGGGUCUUGCCUGGACGCAGAUGGGCGGCGCUGCUCUCUAUGUCGAAUCGAUAUUGGAAAGUGCUUUGAGCUCUGAUUCUCGUCCUGGCAUGGCCACGACUGGCAACCUCAAGAAUGUCAUGAAGGAAUCGACUGUCAUCGCAUACUCGUUCGCCAAGUCAGUGAUGGCCAACAAGUUCCCAGAUAACCACUUCUUCGACAAAGCAAAGGUCCACCUCCACUGUCCUGAAGGCGCUGUUCAGAAGGAUGGACCAUCUGCCGGCAUCACAAUGGCAACGUCAUUACUGUCUCUUGCCCUGAACCAGCCACUAGACCCCACUAUCGCCAUGACUGGUGAACUUACAGUGACAGGUAAGGUGUUAAGGAUUGGGGGUCUUCGAGAAAAGACCGUGGCAGCUCGACGAGCCGGAUCAAAGAUGAUCAUCUUCCCAGCCGACAACAUGUCGGACUGGCUGGAGCUCCCUGACAAUAUCAAGGAAGGGAUCGAAGGCCAUCCGGCCACAUGGUACUCUGAUGUCUUUGACCUAGUCUUCCCGAACGUCAACGCCGAGGAAGCUAAUAACCUAUGGAAAUCCCAGUUGACGAAACAGAAGGACAAGAGCGACUCGGACGAUGAUUGA